UAUACUUUUCAACUUUUUUCAUUAAGUUACCUGGCAAGCAAACUGCCAUACACACCGUUAUGCCAACUUUUUUUUUUCCAAUUCAAUAUCUUUCCUGGCUUCAUUAUAUACAUGAAAAUUUGCUCUCAAGUAUUGGGUAGAAAGGUGAUAUUAGUACUGUGAUACAAACACUUUUUAUUUAUUUUUUCUUAAAUUAGUUUUCAUUCAGACGAGUAUCACAAUUUAUUUAUUCUGUCAUUACUAGCAUUGCGAUAAGAGUAUACAAAGAUGGUUCGUAAAAAGAUUGACAACAGAAUUCGAGUUCUAGUUGAAAAUGGAGUCGCUCUGAAGCAUCGAACAAUGUUUGUAAUUGUUGGUGAUAAAGGAAGAGAUCAGGUUGUUAUUCUUCAUCAUAUGUUAACAAAAGCUGCAGUAAGAGCAAGACCAUCUGUUUUGUGGUGCUAUAAAAAAGAGCUCGGAUUCAGCACAAAUCGUAAGAAGCGCAUGAGACAUCUGCAGAAAAGAAUUUCUCGUGGAACAAUUGAUGUGAAUGAAGAUGAUCCUUUUGAAUUGUUCGUUGCUGCUACUAAUGUUCGAUAUUGUUAUUACAAUGAAACACACAAAAUUCUUGGAAAUACGUAUGGGAUGUGUAUACUUCAGGAUUUUGAAGCUCUCACUCCAAAUUUACUAGCGAGAACAAUUGAAACAGUUGAAGGGGGAGGAAUAAUUUGUAUAUUGAUGAGAACAAUGAAAUCUCUUAAACAGCUAUACACAAUGACGAUGGAUGUUCAUUCCCGAUUUCGCACAGAAUCUCACCAGGAUGUAGUUGGAAGAUUUAAUGAAAGAUUUCUUCUCUCAAUCUCAUCUUGUAAACAUUCUCUUGUUAUGGAUGACCAACUUAAUAUUUUACCUAUAUCUACUCAUGCACUCAACAUCAUUGCAAUUCCACCAAAAUCAUCUGAUGAUCCUCCCACACCUCGAGAAAAACAGCUGAGCGAUCUCAAAGAGAGUUUGCAAGACACUCAACCUGUUGGUUCCAUUGUCAAUUGUUGUAGGACGAUGGAUCAAGGAAAAGCACUUUUAAAAUUUAUUGAUGCAAUAACAGAAAAAAAUCUUCGAACCACCGUUGUUAUGACUGCAGCUCGAGGACGAGGUAAAUCUGCUACGCUUGGCCUUGCAAUUGCAACCGCUGUUGCAUUUGGUUAUUCUAACAUAUUUGUGACAUCACCAAGUCCAGAGAACUUGAAAACUUUAUUUGAAUUCGUUUUCAAAGGUUUUGAUGCUUUGGAAUACCAGGAACACCUUGACUAUGAACUAAUACAGUCUACCAAUCCUACUUUCAACAAAGCUGUUGUUCGAGUCAAUAUUUUUCAUGAGCAUAGGCAGACCAUUCAGUAUAUCCAUCCUUCUGAUGCAGCCAAGUUAAGUCAAGCUGAAUUGCUAGCAAUAGAUGAAGCAGCAGCAAUACCUUUACCUCUUGUACAACAAUUACUUGGACCUUAUCUCGUGUUUAUGUCUUCAACCGUUAAUGGGUAUGAAGGAACUGGAAGAUCACUUUCGUUGAAACUUGUUCAACAGCUAAGACAACAAAGUGCAACUACCGCAGUUGCUUCAAAAUCUACAGGUUCACCUCUUGGUCGAUCUUUGUAUGAAAUAGUCCUUGAAGAAUCGGUUAGAUAUGCACCGGACGACCCGAUAGAAAGUUGGCUGAAUCAUCUGCUUUGUUUGAACUGUACAUCUGCUGCUCCACUUGGACCUAUUGCUGUUGGUUGUCCACUGCCAGAAGCUUGUGAAUUAUAUUAUGUGAACAGAGAUACAUUGUUCUGCUAUCAUAAAGCAUCAGAAGCAUUUCUGCAAAAAUUAAUGUCUCUAUAUGUGGCAUCUCAUUACAAGAAUUCUCCAAAUGAUUUACAAAUGUUGUCAGAUGCACCAGCUCAUCAUAUAUUCUGUCUACUUCCUCCGGUAAAGCCUGAUCAAAAGACAAUUCCCGAUGUACUGUGUGUGCUACAGGUUUGUUUUGAAGGAGAAAUUAGCAGAGAUUCAAUAACAUCCAGUUUAUCUCGAGGUAAACGAGCUUCUGGAGAUCUUAUACCGUGGACAAUAUCAGAACAAUUUCAAGACCAUCAAUUUGGUAGUUUAUCUGGUGUUAGAGUGGUUCGGAUUGCAACUCAUCCAAGUUAUCAAAGCAUGGGUUACGGAAGUCAGGCAUUAUCUCUCCUUGAAAAAUAUUAUCAAGGAAAAAUUUAUGACAUCUCUGAAACCGAUGGUGUUGAUGCAAAAGUUGAUGAAAUCAAUACUGUUAAUGAUGAGGAUGUUGAUCUUCUUGAUGAGGUUGUAGUGCCUCGUAAACAUCUUCCUUCGUUACUUCUCAAACUCACAGAGAGAAAACCUGAACGCCUUGAUUAUAUUGGGGUGUCCUAUGGACUCACCGCUCCCUUGUUGAAAUUUUGGAGCAAGCAAGGUUUUAUUCCUGUAUAUUUGCGACAAACAUCAAAUGAUUUAACAGGAGAACAUUCAUGUAUUAUGCUCAAAUCACUCAAACAUGCAGAACAAGAAGAGAGUUAUGGUCUUCCAGAUCCCAAAGUUGAUUGGUUGAAUGCUUAUUACAAAGAUUUUGAACGUCGAUUCAUAUCUCUCUUGCCAUCUGCUUUUGAUAAAUUCAAGCCUGCUGUUGCUCUGCAAGUUGUUCACAGAAAGAAGAAAAAGUCCCAAAAUUUUGACACCAAUGAUACAAAAAAAUUAACAAAAACAGAGUUGGACAUUUAUUUUUCACCAUAUGAUUUGAAAAGAUUGAACAUUUAUUCUCGAAACAUGGCAGAUUAUCAUUUGAUAUUAGAUAUGCUUCCUGUACUAGCAAGGUUGUAUUUCCUACAUAAAUUGGAAUUAUCUCUGUCUGUUGCACAAAAGGCAAUUUUACUUGGAAUGGGACUUCAGCAUAAAAGUGUUGAUACAGUAGCAACUGAAAUAGAUUUACCAUCUUCACAAGUUCUUGGAUUGUUCAAUCGUACCAUGAGAAAAGUUUCUACAUAUCUUGAUGAAACAGAAGCAAUAUCAGUAGAAAAAUCAUUGGAAGGAAAAUUAAAGAAAGAAAAUGCUGCUGAUGAUGUUGAAAUGAAGCCUCUAAACGAAUCUAUGAAUGAUGAAUUGGCCAAAGCUGGAGAUGAAAUUUCCAAAAAACAAAAACAAGAAGUGAAAGAUGCACUGAAGGAUCUGGAUUUGUCACAAUUUGAAAUUCGUGGUUCAGAAAAGGAUUGGGAUUCUGCUUUGGUUACAUCAAAGAAAUUGAAUAUCGUUAGUGUGAAGAGUGCUGAAAAGAUCACGGAAGAUUCUGCUAAAAACAUGGAAAGUAAUGUUAAAGGCAAGAAAAGAAAAUCUAAUCAUGAUAAAAAGAAAUUGAAAAUGAAGAAACCGAAAUCCUAAUUACAAUUGAAAUUGUUUUUUU